AUGGUGAUCACUUCCAAAAAACACAUCAAGACUCAAUCAACUUACAAUUUUGAAUCAUCAAAGAGUAAUGUAGCCACUUCUCAAAUGAGAAAUGCCCUUAAUAAAUUGACCGACUCCAUGCUUGAUGAUCCAGCAAUCUCGAAAGAUGAAAAAUUCAGGUUUGAAAAUGAAAUCGAUUCCUUUUUCACUCUUUUUAGAAGAUAUCUCGUGGAAAAGUCUUCUACUGCAAACACUUUGGAUUGGGAUAAGAUUAAAUCUCCAAACAAUGAAACGGAAGUGAUUAAUUAUGAUAGAAUCGUUUCCACUAAAGAUGAAAAUGUUUCGAAUUUAAAUAAAUUGGCUGUUUUGAAAUUAAAUGGUGGAUUAGGUACUUCAAUGGGUUGUGUAGGUCCCAAAUCAGUCAUUGAAGUUAGGGAAGGUAAUACUUUUUUAGACUUGGCUGUGAGACAAAUUGAACAUUUAAAUACAAAAUAUGAUUCAGAUGUUCCUUUAAUAUUGAUGAAUUCCUUUAAUACAGAUAACGAUACUCAACAUUUAAUCAAGAAAUAUUCAGGUAAUAGAAUUGAAAUCAAAUCGUUCAAUCAAUCAAGAUUCCCAAGAGUCUACAAAGAUACAUUAUUGCCAGUCCCAGAAUCUUAUGAUAGUGGAUUGGAAUGUUGGUAUCCACCAGGUCAUGGUGAUUUAUUUGAAUCUCUUUAUAACUCGGGGAAACUUGACGAAUUGAUUGAGCAAGGGAAAGAAAUUUUAUUUAUUUCCAAUUGUGAUAACCUUGGUGCUACUGUAGAUUUGAAAAUUUUAAAUCAUUUAAUUGAAUCUGGAGCAGAAUAUUUAAUGGAAUUGACCGAUAAGACAAGAGCUGAUGUUAAAGGUGGUACUUUAAUCAAUUAUGAUGGUGAAAUUAGAUUAUUAGAAGUUGCACAAGUACCUAAGGAACAUAUUGAUGAAUUUAAAAAUAUUAGAAAAUUUAAAAAUUUUAAUACAAAUAACCUUUGGGUAAAUUUAAAAGCCAUUAAAAGAUUGGUAGAAAAUGAUGAUUUGAAAAUGGAAAUUAUCCCCAAUAAAAAAUUCAUCAAAAGAAAUAAUCAAGAAAUUGAAGUAUUACAACUAGAAACUGCGUGCGGUGCAGCUAUCCGCUAUUUCAAAGGAGGUCAUGGGAUCGUUGUACCAAGAUCAAGAUUCUUACCGGUAAAGACAUGUUCCGAUUUAUUGAUGAUUAAAUCAGAUUUGUUCUAUUUGGAACACGGUACCCUAAAGAUCGAUAACGAAAGGUUCGGACCAAAUCCUUUAAUCAAGUUAGGUUCUCAUUUCAAGAAAGUUAAUGAUUUCCAAUCACGAAUUCAACAUAUACCAAAAUUAUUAGAACUUGAUCAUCUAACUAUCACAGGGAAUGUCUUUUUAGGUAAAAACGUCACUUUGAAAGGAACUGUCAUUAUAGUCUGUUCAGAUGGUGAAAAGAUAGAUAUUCCAAAUGGUUCAAUCUUGGAAAAUGUAGUAAUUACAGGUAAUUUGCAAAUCUUGGAACAUUAA